CUUUUUCUUUCAUCCACUAUUCAUUUCUUUUCUAAAACACUUUUUUUUCCCUGAUUUCUAAAACAAAUUACUUAUAAAUAUCUUCUAAGUCGACAAACAAAACAAUGAUGUCUAUUACGAAUAAUUUUUACAUGCAUCACAAAUAUUACACAUACAAUAAAAAUCUUAAUCAUUCUAAAAUUUCCAAUAAAUUGAUCUCUACUAAUUUGCAUAAUUGGUAAAUAAUAAUUUUUAAAAAUAACUAUUUUGAGUUCUAAAUAAUUUCGGACAUAAAAAAAAAAAAAAGUUUUGCAUAAUUCGUACUGAUUAGAAACGAACCAGAAUUUAGUAAAACACUCCACCGAACUUUCACUAAUUAUUUCUUUAUUAAAGACCUUUUUAUAAUGAAAAUAAUUAUUUAUAGAAGCCAUCGAUAAAAAGAAGAACACUCCUCUGAACGUGCUUCUUCUUCUUCUUCUUUCCCACUCCUACAGUCUUUCUCCCUCCUCUCUCGCUCUCUCAUCUUCUUUCUCUGUAUAUUUUACACAAAACUAAGUUUCUAAAUCCAAUUUCUGACAAUGGAAACAAACCAUUUAUACACUUUUUCUACACUUGUUGUUAUACUGCUAAUGUCAGUGACACCGACAGUGAUACCGACUGUAACAUCUAAAGACGAGGUUGUUUCUUGUACAAUGUGUUCUUCAUGCGACAAUCCAUGUAGUCCCGUCCAAUCUUCUCCACCGCCGCCUUCUCCUCCACCACCGUCAACACCCACAACCGCAUGUCCUCCCCCUCCUUCUCCUCCAAGAUCCGGCGGCAGUAGCGGUGGCGGUAGCUCUUACUAUUACCCUCCUCCUUCUCAGUCCGGUGGAGGCAGCAAAUACCCUCCACCUUACGGUGGCGGUGGUCAAGGUUAUUACUAUCCUCCGCCGUAUUCAGGAAACUAUCCUACGCCGCCUCCGCCGAAUCCGAUCGUCCCUUAUUUCCCGUUUUACUAUCAUACUCCACCACCAGGUUCUGGUUCAGAUCGGUUUAUGAGUUCUUGUUCUGUUAUUUUUACUUUUUUUGCUGUCUUUCUCUGUUUAGUGUGACGGAAAAAUAGUCGGAAAUUCGCCGGAAAUUUACCAAGAAAAAAAUCGAAAUAAUGUGGCAGAUCGGUAGAUCUAUAAAUGUUUAGAUAUCUUUGAUCAUGGAAACAAGAUGAUGUUGGAUCAAAUCAAUAUCUUUUACUUUCUUCGAUCUGUUUUAACUUUUUCUUUUGUUGUUGACAAUUUGUAUUUAAUUGAUCUUGACAAUUAACAUACUUAAUUACUCGUUAUUCAGAUUUCAGAAAUAAAGAAUUGUUACUUUC